ACGACCGCCGGCCGCCCCCAGAUACGCUCCUCAGCACUCUCAACUCUCUCGCAGCCAAGGCACAGAUGGCGAUGUCUACGGCAGUGAAGGCAGUGCUCUUGCUCGUGGUGGCUCUGGCCGCAACCUGCUGGGCGCGCGCUGAGCCCCUGGGACAGCAGCCCAGCGACAAGGCCCGCCUGCUGAACGAGCUCGACUUGGUGGACGACGACGGCUCCAUCGAGACAGCGCUCAUCAACUACCUGUUCGCCAAGCAGGUUGUGAACCGGCUGCGCGCGCAGAUGGAUGUCAGUGACCUGCAGCGCAAGCGCUCCUAUUGGAAGCAGUGCGCCUUCAACGCCGUCUCCUGCUUCGGCAAGUAGGCGGGCGGAGCGCGCCCACACCGCAGCUACCCUCAGCCACCGCCACCAUCUCCCAGACAACGGCAACGCGCCGGCGCACUGACCACACUCCUCCGUCACUCCACAGGGGGCGACCUCCACAGUGCCAGUACUCCAGCUAAAAACGUGUGAUAAACUUACUUAGAUAAAUUUACUUAUGUACAUAAUCUUUGACACUCGUACCCUUAAAUCCCAAACAAUGGCAACUUCCUCAACUACUGUCCUCUCCCAGUGAUAGCGAGCAGAACUCUUCUGAUAAUAUUAUCACUAAAUUUAUGUGUAUCUAAUGUUAUGUACAUAAUCUUUGACACUCGUACCCUUAAAUCCCAAACAAUGGCCACUUCCUCAACUACUGUCCUCUCCCAGUGAUAGCGAGCAGAACUCUUCUGAUAAUAUUAUCACUAAAUUUAUGUGUAUCUAAUGUUCAAUUUCCUUGGCGUCUCUACGUCAUUUCCAAUUUUCAGAAAAAAAAUUAUACAGUAGUGAAUGUAUCCUCGUGUCCAUUAUACACUUCUAACCAAUGUAAAAGUUCAGUGCACUGGCGCGCUUUCGGUCUCUUCCCUCUUUAUGAUUUAGAAUUUUUGCGAGUUAGGGAAUACUUCACCCGUAAGCCCGUUCUAUUAAAUCUAAUAGAUGUACAUAAGUGUGUUAGACUUCCCCAAAUAUAGUUUAUUAGCUAACUUCUUAUACCAAGUGGCCCUAAUAUCAUGUCUGCUUAAAACAUACAUUUCCAAUCAAUUAAUGCAUAUCGUGAAAAAAUCAGAAUGUAGUGUUGACUUCACUUUAGCAUCUUUGUAAGCAUUUAAGGUCAAGAAUAAACAAGUAUAAACAAUAA